AAUUCUUUGUUUUUAAUGUACUAAAUAUCUUAUACCUUAUUUAAUGGGCCCUCUGUUCCUAUUUCUCCCCCCUCCCCCCCCAAACUCCUUGAACCCUUGUUUUGCUCAACAAUUAGUGCUCCUGUCGAGCACUCCUCGGUUAGCCAUUCCAUUAUAACUCCGCAAAUCAUUCUAGAAGCCGCGCAUACUACAAAUACUGAGUUACACAUCCAACCACAGCUGUACUCUGUACAACUCGAACUACCGCAGCGUCAACAUGGAACCCCCAAGCAGGACGUCCUCGUCCCACGGCUCUCUACACUUUCCAGGGUCCAAUUUCCACUCUUCGUCCUCUCCACCGGCAUCUCCGCACUCCAAUUCCCAGCAGCGAUCCUGGCGGUCGCCGUCGAAACUCUUCUCUCAGUCUCGCCGGCCGUCGGGCACUGCGGGUACAGCAACUGGGACUGGGAGAGCGCGUACCGAGGCUGAAAGCUCUGCUUAUGUCGCGGGAGGACAGACCCCACGCGCGCAUGAGCAUGAAAGUUCCAACGCAGAGCCAAAGUGGUGGCGGAUUCGCCUCUUCCGCGGCAUGAUUGAUGAUGUGAAGCGCAGGGCUCCGUAUUAUUGGAGUGAUUGGGCUGAUGCAUGGGACUAUCGCGUCGUUCCUGCUACUGUUUAUAUGUAUUUUGCCAAUAUCCUGCCGGCCCUGGCGUUUUCACUUGAUAUGUUUGAGAAGACGCAUCAGAGUUAUGGUGUCAAUGAGGUUCUCCUCGCCUCAGUCUUGGGCUCCUUUGUCUUUUCGCUUUUUGCGGCUCAACCUUUGGUCAUUGUUGGGGUUACUGGUCCAAUUACUGUCUUCAAUUAUACUGUCUAUGACAUUAUCGCGCCUCGUGGAACUCCGUACAUGGAGUUCAUGUGCUGGAUUGGGAUAUGGUCGCUUAUUAUGCACUGGAUACUCGCUAUAAUGAAUGCCUGCAACGCCCUGACCUACGUGACUCGCUUCUCGUGCGACAUCUUUGGAUUCUACGUUGCGUUCAUCUACCUCCAGAAAGGGAUCCAGGUCCUCACGAGGCAGUGGGGAUUCGCCGGGGAGGCGUCCGCGUAUCUGAGUAUCAUGGUAGCUCUGCUGGUUCUCAUGGCCGCGUGGAUUUGUGGAGAGCUCGGUAACAGCAGCCUGUUCCAGAGAUAUGUGCGGAAGUUCUUGGAGGACUAUGGCACGCCAUUGACAAUUGUUUUUUUUACUGGCUUUGUCCAUAUCGGCCACAUGAGGAACGUCGAGGUUGCGACUCUGCCUACCUCCAAGGCAUUCUUCCCCACAGCUGAUCGUGGCUGGUUGGUACAUUUCUGGAAUUUGGAUGUCGCGGAUAUCUUCCUUGCCAUUCCGUUUGCCUUGCUUCUUACCAUUCUCUUCUACUUUGAUCAUAAUGUGUCAUCACUCAUCGCGCAGGGAACAGAGUUCCCUCUCCGAAAACCAGCAGGCUUUCACUGGGAUCUCUGGCUGCUAGGCCUGACCACGUUCGUUGCAGGAAUCCUAGGCAUCCCAUUCCCGAACGGCCUUAUCCCACAAGCACCGUUCCACACUGCCGCCCUCUGCGUCACGCGCAACGUAGCAGACGAAGAAGACACAAAUAAGGGCAAAACUAUUCGCGUAACCGACCACGUUGUUGAGCAACGGGUCAGCAACCUCGCGCAGGGCCUCCUAACGCUAGGCACCAUGACUGGUCCGCUUUUAAUAGUCCUUCAUCUUAUCCCUCAAGGCGUCAUGGCCGGUCUUUUCUUCGUCAUGGGCGUCCAAGCCCUCCAAGCCAAUGGCAUCACACAGAAACUCAUCUUCCUCGCACAAGACCGCGAUCUCACACCGCGGUCUGACCCACUCAAAGGCCUUGAACGCCGCCGCGCCAUCUGGGCCUUUGUCAUUCUCGAACUCAUUGGGUUUGGCGGAACAUUUGCAAUCACGCAGACGAUUGCUGCUAUUGGGUUCCCUGUUAUCAUUUUGGUCUUGAUUCCUGUUCGCUCGUUUUUGUUACCGCGGUGGUUCACGCAAGAGGAGCUCUCGGCUCUGGAUGGGCCCGCAGCCAGUCCGUUUACCAUGGAGAGUGUGGGUGGUGUUUAUGGGCAUACUCCUGAAGAGGAGAUGACUCAGAGUUCCCGGGGUGAAGGGGUUCUGCUCCCUGAAGCGCAUGGAUUGACGCAUACAGGCGCGGAAAAUGAUAUUGAGAUGGGCGUUUAUGAGCACCAGGCGAGGCAAAGGAAGAACAUGGGAAAUCAGAGUCAAAACUAA